AUGGAAACGGUCACCACCCGCCAUGUUUCCUCGCUGUGCUUGACAGAAUGUCAAGAUGAGUGUAAAGGAAAAGUUUGUGUCUGUUCUUUCUCCACAGACCAGGCUUUUGUGACAUUAGCUACCAAUGACAACUAUGCAAUGGGAGCCAUGGUUCUGGGCCAGUCCCUGCGCAGACACAAAACCUCCAAAAAGUUGGCAGCCCUCAUUGGGCCACAUGUGUCAGAACCCUGCCAGUCCGUGCUGAGGAGGAUCUUCGAUGAAGUUCGGCUGGUCGACUUGUUGGACAGCAAAGAUGCGGCCCAUCUGGCCUUGAUGCAGAGGCCCGAUUUGGGUGUCACCUUUACCAAACUCCACUGCUGGACACUCACGCAUUAUUCAAAGUGUGUCUUCAUGGACGCAGACACUCUGGUGCUUUCGAAUAUAGAUGAGCUCUUUGACAGAGAAGAACUGUCAGCUGCCCCCGAUCCUGGCUGGCCAGACUGCUUCAACUCUGGUGUGUUUGUUUUUCGCCCGUCUGUGGAGACUUAUGACAAACUGCUUCAGUACUGCACGGAACACGGCAGCUUUGACGGGGGAGACCAGGGAGUUCUUAACGGCUUUUUCAGCAAUUGGGCCACAGCUGACAUUUCCAAACACCUCCCGUUCAUCUACAACCUCAGCAGCAUCGCAAUUUAUACGUAUCUACCGGCAUUCAAGCGCUAUGGCAGCAACGCCAAGGUGGUCCACUUCCUGGGGAAGACCAAACCUUGGAGCCAAGGAUUGGACGCAAAAACAAAAGAGCAGUCCUCCGGGAGCACGCACCCCUCCUUCCUCCUAGACUGGUGGGCUGUGUACUCCACAAGCGUGGUGCCUAUGCUAAAAGAGCAAUACGGAGACCAGGCCUUCCACUCAGAAUGUGUCGAGCAGUUCCCCUACAAUGACAUGGUUACUUUUCGGAGAACGCAGGCCGCGGAGGGCCUUGCAUCUGCAGCCGCUGCACUCCACCUGUCACCUCCACCGCUGCAACCGCAGCCGUCUUCUGAAGAGCGCAAGCAGAAAUGGGAGCAAGGCCAGGCGGACUAUAUGGGGACAGAUUCCUUUGACAAUAUCAAGAGGAAGCUUGAUACUUUCCUUAAAUGA